CUCGUUUAUACAACACUUGUCUGCCAUUAAAUGAUUGUUAGGUGCCAAAUCCUUUUAGGAAACCCUUGACAUACCUCUAAGAUACAAAUCUACCAUCAUGAGUGCUUAUGGAGGCCCUGGCGGUGGUCAAAAGAUCUCUAAACCAAUACCGCCUGAACGCGGCUCCUUUCCACUCGAUCAUGACGGCGAAUGCAAGCACAUAAUGUUAUCCUAUCUCCAAUGUAUACGCUCGCAUCGUGGAAGCAACGAUCCGGAAUGCCGGAAUCUCUCGAAAUCAUACCUUUCCUGCCGCAUGGACCGGAACCUCAUGGCCCAUGACUCAUUCAAGAAUUUGGGCUUUGGCGACGGCGCCGAUGGCGACGCAGCUAUCCCCUCGCCAGCACUCAACUCUGCAACUGCAACCUCAACGCAAGCGCAACCACCAAUCCAGCCUCACGAUAAGCCCUCCAAGUCCUAAGUUGACAGCACCCCCCAGCGUAUCAUUGGAAUGCAGGGUCUGUCAGGGUCUUGAGGUCCUGGUCACUGGUUCGGGUGCUGCCGAGCAACCGAACAUCUACCGUGCCCUGCCAACUCUCCACAUACAUCGGAUUUAUCACCGCGGGCAGCGCGUUCCUUUGCACUAACCGGCAAAUCUGCGUUCCGCGAAAGGGGGGGUGGGGAAGGGGGA